AUGGAGAAGGUGAAGAUGAUUCGAGAUAGACUUAAUACAGCUCAAAGUGGCCAAAAGUUCUAUGUAGAUGUGAGGCAAAAGGAGUUGCAGUUUGAUGUUGGUAAUCAGGUGUUCUUGAGGGUAUCUCCCAUGAAGGGAAUGAUGAGGUUCUGGAAGAAGCAAAAGAUCAAUCCCUAUUAUGUUAAUCCAUACUUGAUUUUAAGGAGAGAGGAAGUCCCAGUUGAGAUUUUUCAUAGGCAAAUCUAUCAUUUGAGGACAAAGGGUGUGGCUUUGGUGAAAGUCCUUUGGAGGAAGCAUAGGGUGGAAGAAGCUACUUGGGACGCUGAAGAGGACAUGGAUUCCGGAUAUCCGUUCUUGUUCCCUCAGUUGGAUAAUCGUUCUUAA